AUGGGAAACAGCAGCAGUUCUAUUAAUACUGGCAGAGGCCAAGGCAGAGGCAAGGGCAGCUCUGAUGAGCCUAAGGAUGUUGAUGGCAAGCCUGAGCAGCAAGAGCAGCAGCCUGAGCAGCAGCCUGAGGUUUGUCACACCAAGCAGAGCAGUGAAUCAAGCUCUGCAGAUGCAAGUCCUAGUCCUGGACAAGCCCUGAUGGAUGUAGGAGAUGAAGGAGGAGGUAAAGAGAGAGAAGGAGGUGGCCCAAUUCCAGGUCCCCAAAAGCAAUUGUCAUUUGACAGUAAUGCUGCUUUGAGUGGCCUGAAAGACUUGACAGACUGGCAAGACCUGGAGCCCAGUGACAAGGAAAUCUUUGGAUCCGAGUCGGAUUUCUCUUUAUCGUCGUCUUCUUGUUCGUCUUCUUCUUCCUCCUCUGCCUCUUCUUCUUCCUCUGCUUCCAGCUCCUCCAAGUGUUCCGACAGUAAGUUGGAUCAACACCACGAUGAUUCCAAAAUCAUUCAGCAAGUCAGGGUGCAAAAGGCCGCCUUGGAAGAUAUUCAUGCCGCCACGGCACUCCCCACUUCCAGCAACAACAAUAAGCAGCAGCAGCAGGACCAACAACAACCAGACGAACAGCAGAAGGAACCACGCUCUUCCUCCUUGCUUCAGGGAUACAAGACUAGUCACGAUUUGAAACGGUCCAAGAAGUUCACCGUCUUUUUCUUUCUGUUGGCAAGUGCUCUCCUCAUUGUCUUUAGCUAUGUCUAUACAGACAGGCUUGCUACCAGUAGUUUGGAGACUACUGAGACCAAGACGAACUAUCAGGCUCGUUCUGAUGUCAAUGGUAUGGUCAAGCAUCAGACAGGAGGAGAUUCAUUGGUGCACCAAAUCAAGGAGGACGUCACGAAGCAGUGGGAUACCCUGCAACAAGUCAUGCUAGCUCAGAGUGAAGACAUGACCUCACUCGCCAUGGCUAGUCACGUCCAGUGGCCUUUUUGGACCGUACCAGAUUGGAACCGAAGGGGACACCGUCUCCAACAGUUGCUGUCACCGACCCUUCCCCUCCUGGGUUGGGCUCCCCUCUUGGGCGUCAAUGAUAACGAGCCCACGGACCUACAAAAGUCAUGGGAACGGUAUUCCGUCUACAAACAAAGCGACUGGUUGGACCCUGCUCAAGCGGAUCCGAUACCCGCUCAGAUUCAUGGAGAAGAAGACGACACUACUACUAGCACCAACGGUGCGAUGAUGGCUCCCAUUUGGCAGACAACCCCACCAACACCCAGGCUCGUCAACUAUAAUUUGAUGGCCAACCACAAACAUGCCAAAAUGGCUGAAAAGCUGUUACAGGAAUGGAAUGAUCCAUCCAAUGACUAUGCUCCAACAACCGUCCUAACCGACUUUGUCAACGCACAACAUGACGAAUUGCUCCUGGCCCGAGGAGAUCAUCAGGGUGGGCCCUACAGUCUCAUCAUUCAGCCAGUCUUUGAUUCAUUGGACACACAGAAUCAAACCGUUCAGGCUCUACUCUUUGGAUUGUUCUAUUGGGAGGCGUUCUUGCGCAAGUUGGGACACCUGGACCAGGAUGUCUCCAUCUACUUUUACAAUGCAUGUGAUGAUAACGAUGAUGGCAGCAACUUCUAUCAGUACAACACUACUGAUCCAGCCAACAGAGUCAACGAGAUUCGCCGUGAGGAUCAAGAAGCAUUGCAAACGCCCCACGAAGCUGCUACAGUGUUCCUCAACAACGGCACAACCUUCUUGUGUCAGUACACUCUUCAGGUGCUGCAAGCUUCCACUCCCACCUCUUCCCUUCCCUUAUCCACAACAUCAGCAGAAAAUACCGCCACUACGAAACUCUCUCCAGCCGAAUACACUGUCAUUGUCGCUGCCGUCCUGAUCAUCCUCGCGUUCGUCAUUGCAGCUCAUUUGUCACGGUUGCAAGAACAAAAUCGCAAGACUCGACGAUUGGCCAAAACGGCAACCGCGGUCCUGGCCACCAUGUUCCCACCUAUUGUGUGUGAACGAAUCUUGGAAGAAGCUGCGCUGGCGGAAGAACAGCAAUCAUCCAACAAGGCGUCCAGCAAAGGUAGUGGUGGUGACAACGACAUGGGAGUAAGUAGCAGUCGCAAAAGUUAUGCCACAAGAAGCCGAAGCAGUAGCUACAUUACUGGUGGUGGUGACGAUGCAAGGUCGGCUUUGAGCGGCAACGACGGGGACCACGGAACUACGAGCGAUUCGGAGGAACUAUACGACAAGAUGAUCAUGCAGAAUCUUGACCAGGCCAAUCGGUACAAAGCCAAGCCGAUCGCAGACUUGUUUCCGGAAGCUACCGUCCUAUUCUCGGACAUUGUGGGUUUUACGGCAUGGAGUUCCUCGAGGUGCCCGACUCAAGUCUUUGAUCUUCUCGAGACAAUCUAUCACACUUUUGAUGAACUCGCACGUCGCAGGCGUGUGUUCAAGGUUGAAACUAUUGGCGACUGCUACGUUGCCGUGACGGGAAUUCCCACGCCGAGGAAGGAUCACGCUGUUGCAAUGACCCGUUUCGCAAGAGAUUGCUUGCAUGCAAUGGAUAUCUUGACUGCCAACUUGGAGGCCCUUUUGGGUCCAGACACUGCCGAUUUGUCAAUGAGAUUUGGAUUGCACAGCGGACCCGUAACUGCAGGGGUAUUAAGGGGCGAGAGGUCACGCUUCCAGCUCUUUGGAGACACGGUCAAUACAGCAGCCAGAAUGGAAUCAAAUUCCAAGCCAGGACGAAUCCACAUUUCCCAGGAGACUGCCAAUUAUUUGGCUGUAGAAAACAAAUCAAACUGGUUCCUUCAUCGAGAGGAUAAAUGCUACGCCAAAGGCAAGGGAGAGCUUCAGACCUACUGGGUAGAUCCUUCAGCAAUUGACGCGUACGCGCAGCAAGUUCGAGAGGCUCAAACCCCCGCGAGUGGACUGAUCCAUCCAACAUUGAAACAUGCAGCAGAAAUUGUUGAGGCCCGCAAAACCGGUCGAGAUCUCAGCGUUAGCUUGAUCCCAGAAAAGACACAGAGACUGAUCGACUGGCAUGUCGAUCAACUGCAUCAGCUGCUGCUCGUGAUUGUAGCACGCAGGAAGCAAUUGAAACGGGAAGGGCAUAGGAGUAGAGUCAAAGAUGUAAUUCCCCAGGCUAAGGUUGCUCAACACGAGAUUGCGGUGUUUGAUGAAGUUCAAGAGGUUGUCAAAAUGCCAGAGGAUCACCCUCGAGGAGGCCUCGACAUUGAGAAAGUCAAGCUGGAUCCAAAUGUUCUCUGGCAGCUCAAUGACUUCAUCACUUCAAUCAGCACGUUGUACAAACAAAAGAACCACUUUCACAACUUUGAACACGCAUCCCACGUCACGCUUUCAGUUACCAAGAUGCUGAGACGUAUUGUGGAAGGACCGGAAGCAGAGAAGCUUCGACGACAGUCGUUCAACAGCUUGGUAGAACUCCGGGAGGACGACGAAGAAGAAAAGGAAGACCUGAAUAUUAAUGGCAAGCCGAAAGGAGAUAGCUCUUUCGGUAUUGCUGCAGACCCGUUGACUCAGUUUGCUGUCGUGUUUGCCGCUCUCAUUCACGAUGUCGAUCACCAAGGUGUCUCGAAUUCGCAACUAGUGAAAGAGAACGACCGCUUGGCUCGAAUCUACAGGAACCAAAGUGUGGCAGAGCAGAACAGUUUGAAUCUAGCAUGGGAUUUGUUGAUGGACCCCGCAUACGUGGAUCUUCGAAACACUCUGUACGGGACGGAAGAAGAAUAUGUCAGGUUUCGAGCCAUGGUCGUGAACUCGGUUAUGGCGACUGAUGUUAUCGAUGCUGAUUUGAAGCAACUCAGAAAUGGUCGCUGGGAAAAGGCCUUUGCCGCGAAGACCGGCCCCCACAGCUGUGAGAUUGCAGGCUGUACGGUCGAAGGUGCAGACGGCUUGUUUCGGUACCAGCACCUACAGCCGACGACGAAAGAAAACCGAGACCGCAAGACCACCAUUAUAAUUGAGCACUUGAUUCAAGCCUCGGACGUGGCGCACACCAUGCAACAUUGGCAGGUCUACCACAAGUGGAACUUUCUGCUGUUCAAGGAGAUGUACUCUGCGUACAAGAAUGGUCGCACGACCGACAAUCCGGUUGGCUUUUGGUAUCAGGGCGAGCUAAACUUUUUCGACUUUUACGUGAUUCCAUUGGCAAAGAAGUUGAAGGAAUGUGGUGUGUUUGGUGUGUCGUGUGACGAGUAUUUGAACUAUGCUCUGAGCAACCGAGCGGAAUGGCAGAAGAAAGGUCCCGACAUUGUGAAGGACUACGUUCAAUGGGCUGUCCAGCAGGACGAGGUUAGCCCUCCAGGCGGGGCAGCUGCAUGA